UGCCUGCCUGCUGUUCGGGAAGAAUGGCCGACCUCGCAUCACUGGCCGGAACCGAGCUCGGCACGAGAGGCACGCCGGCCCGCUUUAGCUGACCGGGGCCCAGCGUCGAUCGCCGGGCACCCCUCUUACCCGGCGCCCGAUACGGACGGGUAGAGGGGGGGGGGGGGGAAGGCAAAAGUUUCAGGAAGGGAGACGUGCUAACGCGACACCUCGGCAGGCUAACCGCGCUAGCUGGGCUGCUUGUCACUACCGGGUCGGGCGGUUGGGGGGGGGGGGGUCAACUCUCCCCGGGCACCCGAGGCUAUUGCGUGACCCGGGGUGCGUUUUUCCACCCAAGAGUCGCAGACUCCGAAGUGGACAUGAGCGGACCUGGACAGGACAGCGAACCGGAGGCCAAAGUCCUUCUCAUCAAGCGCUUGUACAGGGCGGUGGUGGAGUCGGUGCACAAGCUGGACGUCAUCGUCGGCAGCAAGGCGUCGUACAGGGAAGUCUUCAAGCCGGAGAACAUCAGCCUCCGCAACAAGCUGCGGGAGCUCUGCGUCAAACUGAUGUUUUUACACCCCGUGGACUACGGCCGCAAAGCUGAAGAGUUGCUUUGGAGGAAAGUUUACUACGAAGUCAUCCAGGUCAUCAAGACUAACAAGAAGCACAUCCACAGCCGCAGCGUCCUGGAGUGCGCCUACCGCACGCAUCUGAUUGCCGGCGUCGGCUUCUACCAGCACCUGCUGCUCUACGUCCAGUCGCACUACCAGCUGGAGCUGCAGGACUGCAUCGACUGGACGCACGUCACCGACCCGCUCAUCGGCCGGAAGAAGGCGGUGUCGGCCUCCCCCAAGGAAAUGGAGUGGGCGCAGAUGGCCUGUCACCGCUGCCUGGUCUACCUCGGAGAUCUCGCCCGCUACCAGAACGAGCUUGCCGGCGUGGAGGCGGAGCGUCUGGCCGAGAGAUUCUAUCACCAGGCGCUGUCCGUCAUGCCGCACGUGGGAAUGCCUUUCAACCAACUGGGGACGCUGGCCGGAGGAAAGUCUUACAAUGUGGAAGCAACUUAUUUCUACCUUCGUUGUAUCCAAUCGGAGAGCCCGUUCGAGGGCGCCUACGGCAACCUGAAGCGCCUCUUUGACAAAGCGGCCAAGAUGUACCAGCAAGUGAAGAAGCAGGAGAUGAAGAAGUUGUCGCCUUCUCGACAGAGAUACAGAGACAUCAAACGUCUCCUUGUGAGCUUCAUGUACUUGACGAGCCGCCUGCAGCCCAAGAACAGCCUGAUGGAGUCCGAGUUGACCUCACUGUGCCAGUCGGUGCUGGAGGACUUCAACCUGGUGCUCUUUUACUUGCCCCCGCACGGCCACAACGACUCCGCUCGCCACUCCCUGAGCGAGGAGGACGACGAGCAGCAGCAGCAGCAGCAGCAGAACUCUGCCGACGGCUCGUGGGGCGUGCUGCCCGACGCGCUGGUGUUCAAGAUGGUGGUGACGUGCCUCAUGGUCGUGCACAGCCUAAAGAGAGGAGGCUCAAAGCAAUACAGCGCCUCCAUCGCUUUUACACUGGCGCUUUUCUCCCAUCUGGUGAACCACGUCAACAUCCGACUCCAGGCGGAACUGGAGGAGGCGGAGACCCAGGUGCCGCCGCUCAACACGGACGCCACAGUUGACGCGGACGGCUCAGCCGAGCGACCGAUGCAGAACGGCUCCUUGGAGCAAGAGGAGGAGGAGGAGGAGGAGGAGGAGGGCGCCGUCGCCAAGAGCUGCGUGAAGGAAGAACACAAGUCGGACGAGGACAAACCCAAGCAGCAAAAGAAGUACGCCCGGCUGUCACGCCUGCGCAGACGCCGCAAAGACCGCGGCGUCGAGGACGAGAGUGACCUGAGCGAGGGCUUUGAGAGCGAAGAAGAUGAAGGCGAGGAGGAGGACUCGGCCCCCGCGGCGAGAGAUGGGCCCGCGUCCGCCGGUUGCCCCCCAGCCGCCGCGCCGCCCGAUCCGGCCGCCCUCCGGGAGGAGACGAAGGAGGAGGCCUGCUGGGGGAGCGGCUCCGAGGAGGAAGAAGAGGAGGGCGACACGGCUUUCGACGUGGAGACGGACUCGGACAUGAACAGCCAGGAGUCCCGCUCGGACCUGGAGGACAUGGACGAGGCGGAAAACUGCGAGCGGCAACAGGCCGCGACCCGGGAGCGGCGGGACGGCGGUGAUGACGAAGCCAAGGAGGAAGGCGAGCAAAUGCCCCCCGCCGCCAACGGGCCUCUGGGGGCCAACGACGGCAGCAUCAGCAGCAACCUCCAGGCCAUGUCGUCGCAGCUCUUCCAGGCAAAGCGCUGCUUCCGCCUGGCGCCAACAUUCACCAACGUGCUGCUCAGGCCUCAGGCCUCCGCCAAGCCCCCUCCCUCGGACGACUCCGCCGCUGCGUCUUCCCGGGAUACCCCCGGCGCCGCCGGUCAACCGCCCUGCGACUUGAACCCCGGCGCCCCCAAUGGGACCAAUGAAAACGACUUGGACUCUGACUCGGAAGGCAGCCAGCUGAGCGCCCCGUCGGUGCACAGCGAGAAGACGCUCGUGGAGAGGCUGGCAAUCCUGACCAAUCAGGGCUUGAUCCAGGCGGUGAAGGUCUUCGUCGACUGGCUCCGGACCAACACCGACAUCGUCCUCAUGUGCGCGCAGAGUUCCCAGAGCCUCUGGAACCGCUUGUCUGUCCUCCUCAACCUGCUGCCGGAUGGAAACAAGAUGCUCGAAGCCGAGGCCGACUUGAACCCGGAGGUGACGGAGCUGCUGGGCGAGUGCGAACGUCCCGCCCUGGCGCAGACGCUGCUGCUUCCCGAGGACGUGGCGCUGAGGCACCUGCCCGCCCUCGGCGUCGCUCACCGCCGCUUCGACUUUAGCCGCCGCGGAGCCUCCCUCAGCCCGCUGCAGGAGUGCGUGGUGCGCGUGUGUUGCAUUCGCAGUUUUGGCCACUUCCUCACGAGUCUCCAGGGCAACGUGCUGCACUUCAACCCGGAGGCGGGCAUCUUCACCAGCGUCAGCCAGUCGCAACCCGACGACCUGCUGCAGCAGGCCAAGGCCCAGUUCCGAAUGGCAGAAAAGGAGGCCCGGCGAAACCGGCUGAUGCGGGACAUGGCUCAGCUUCGACUGCAGCUGGAGGUGUCGCAGCUCGAGGGCAGCCUUCAGCACCCGAAGGCGCAGUCGUCCAUGUCGCCCUACCUGGUGCCCGACGCCGCCGCCCUCUGCCAGCACUUGGGCAUCGUCCGACACCUGGCGGGCAGCGGCUGCUUCAUCGUCAUCAUCCCCAGGACAGUGAUCGACGGGCUGGACCGACUGAAGAAGGAAAACGCCGGUGCGCGCGACAGCAUCCGCUUCCUGGAGUCUGAGUUUCGGAAAGGCAACAGGUACAUCCGCUGCCAGAAGGAAUCGGGCCGAAGUUUUGAAAGAGACAAGCUGAAACGUCAAGACCUCGACGCCUGGCACCUGUACAAGAUGGUGGACAGCUGCCGCCAGCUCAGCGUCUCCCAGAGCAACGACGACGACACGGCCGGCAUGGUGACGCUCCUCACCGGACAUCCGGUGGACGAGUUGUGCGGGCGCUCGGCGGCCAUGAAGUCUGCCGUCCAGGCGGCGAUCUCGGCGGGCGUGGAGCUGAAGAACAUCGCCGACUUCUACCGGCAGUGGAAGGAGAUCGGCUGAAAGCGGGAAAACGCAAAACGCGGCCGAUGUCGGAUUGAUCGCAACACUGGCUCCCUCCCUCUCUCGCUCUCUUUCUCUCUCGCUCCUUUUCUCUCUGUACCCCCUCCACUCUUUUUGCUGUGUGUAUAUGCGUCCCCCCUCCCCCCUCCCAAAAACAAAAGUCGCCAUCAAGCCGGACAGAUGGAAAGAGUUGAAGCUUAUUAAGGGAGUUGAAAGACAAUAAGAGGAAGACAAAGGUGGCAGGUGACGCCAGGCUCCGCCCCCCUCGCGGCGAGCCCGAGUGCGGCGACGCCAAACUUACUGGCUCGAUCGCCGGGAGCGCCGCUUCCUUCCCGGCCGGAGAGAGAGAGAGAGAGAGAGAGAGAGAGAGAGAGAGAGAGAGAAGAUGCGCACGCACUGGCGCGCAUCCACGUGAAUGGAAGUACAAUUAGUGUCCCCUCCCCCGCGUUGUUUUCCGUGACGAUGAGCCUGGUUCCGAUCCGAUCUGAUCCAGAGAGACACAAAAUUACCACCUGAUGCAAAAAAAAAAAAAAAAAAAAGAGCAUCGGGCCCUGGCAAGAAAUUCAAAACAGAAAAAGGAGCUCUGGGGGGGGGGGGGGUUGCUCAAAAGGAAUGCUUUUUUUUUUUUUUCCCAUUUUUUUUUUUUGGGGGGGGGGAGGUUUGCUGUUCCUUUUAGUGACCAGCCCACGACAAGAUUCGCUCAAAGUUUGCACUUUGCGGUCCGCGUCCGUUGAACUUCGUUUGACCUUGUGCGAACUUUUGAACGCACGUCUCCGACGCCUUUCAGUGACUCCUCCGGUAGGUUGUGAAGCCGCCGGAUGAUGUUGCUCGUCAUCAUGUUGGGGGAGGGAAAUUGGGGGGGGGGGGCUGUCACUGAGUUUUUAGCGUCCUUCGCGGCUUGAAAAAUAAAAGACCGGACGGAAGGGUCACUGAAAGGUGUGCAACGGGACGUCGUUCACUGAUCAAACCAUGCCGCAAAAUACUUUUUUUUUUUUUUUAAGUUUUUUUAAAGCCCCCCCCCCAAAAAAAUGUAAUUUCUUUCUGGAAAGCAAAGCGUCAGAUUUAAAAAUUCAAAAUACAAAUGUGUGUUUUUCUGAAGUACUUCUUACAACCUCGUUCUUGGAAAAAAUAUUAAAACGUUACAUUUUUUUCCUCUCCUAAAAACCAA